AGGUUACUGGAAGAAGAAAUGGCCACUAAUCUUUCACGAGGUCUCUUCUUAGAAGAACUUAAUAGGUACCAUCAGAAGAAUAAUGUAGCAAUUGAUUAUCGUGAACUGUCUAAGACAGGACCUCCACAUGACUUAAGGUUUACAUUUCAAGUUGUAAUAGAUGGGAGAGAAUUUCCAAAAGCUGAAGGUAGAUCAAAGAGGGAAGCCAAAAAUGCGGCAGCCAAAAUAGCUUGUGAAAUACUUAAAGAAAACAAGAGCGUUAGUUCUUUACCACUGCUGACAACAGAUAAUUCAGAAAAACUUCCCAUGAAUUACAUAGGCCUUGUUAAUACACAUGCCCAGAAGACACAACUGCCUCUAAAUUAUGAACAAUACGAAUCACGGGAGUUUGGGCCCAAAAGGUUUCAUUGUAAAUACAAAAUUGGACGGAAAGAAUACCCUAUUGCUGUAGGUUCUACUAAACAGGAGGCAAAGCACUUAGCUGCUAAACUGGCCUAUGAGCAGAUACUCUCAGAAGAAACCGCAAUGAAAGCUGAGUCAAGGUACUCUGGUUCUUUCUCUGCUGCGUCCGGUGACUUCAGGAGAGGCUCUUCUAUGACAAGCACGUCUGCUUCUGAAUCACCAUCUGAAAGUGACCACUCAGCAAGUGCGUCAGAAGGAAAUUGGAACAGUAAUGGUUUAAACAAUUCCUCUUCAUUUUCUAUGAACAGUCGCAGGAAGCCGAAAAGAAGUUUGGCACCUACAUUUAACUCUCCUGUGAAAGAAGAAAAUGAGUAUACUGUGAAUGACAGGUUUACCAAGGAUUUUACAGAUAUAGAAGAGAUUGGCUCAGGUGGAUUUGGCCAGGUUUUCAAAGCAAAACACAAACUUGAUGGGAAGACUUAUGUUGUUAAACGUGUUAAAUAUAACAGCAAGAAGGCGGAGCGUGAAGUAAAAGCUUUGGCUACGCUGAGUCAUCCAAAUAUUGUUCACUACUCUAGCUGUUGGGAUGGGACUGAUUAUGAUCCUGAGGAAAGCAUAAAUCCUUCAAGAUCAACGACGAGGUGCCUUUUCAUCCAGAUGGAAUUUUGUGAUAAAGGGACGUUGGAGCGAUGGAUUGACGACAGAAGAAACAAUAAACCAGAUAAAUGUUUGUCUUUGAAAUUAUUUGAACAAAUAACAACAGGAGUAGAUUAUAUACAUUCACAACAGUUAAUUCAUAGAGACCUUAAGCCAAGUAACAUAUUUUUAGUAGAUAGAGAACACGUAAAGAUUGGAGACUUUGGACUUGUAACGUCCCUGGAAAAUGAUGACAAGCGGACAAGUAAUAAGGGAACUAGGCGAUACAUGAGCCCAGAACAGAUUUCUUUAGAAGAAUAUGGAAAUGAAGUGGACAUUUAUGCUUUGGGGUUAAUUCUUGCAGAGCUUCUUCACAUAUGUCCUACUACUUCGGAAACAUUUAAGAUUUUGGAAGAUGUAAAGGCUGGCAACUUCUCAGAUGUAUUUGAUAAGAGAGAAAAAAUUCUUCUACAGAAAUUAGUCUCAAAAGAUCCCAAGAAACGACCUAAGACAUCUGAAAUAUUGAGGACUUUGGAGGAAUGGAAGAAUGGUCCAGAGACAAGGAAAUGGAAAUCAUGUUAGAACCCUUCUAAGAAAGUAUCUUGCUUCUGAUCUUCAAUUUUCCUGUAACUGUCUGAAAUCUGCUAGGGAAUAUUGAUGG